UUUCAGCCAGUCAAAUGCCAUUUGCUUAAAAAGCGAGGAAAUUUAUCAUCAGUGAAGAAGUGUAAAACAUCUAUUAAAAAUGAUGCGUCGAGGUGGAUCGAUGGGUCCACCGAGCGGGGAUCCAUAUCAGAGUCGCCCAUCCCCCGGAGGCUACUACUACAACCGUUCAACGCCUGGUGGUCAGCCAGCUCCAUCACCCUCACACAGUCAACAAUCCGCAUCUUCACAUCAUCCAAGAGGAGUGCCAAUGUCACAACCAAUCGCCCGCCGAUCGGACUACCGUACUGGAAGUGAACAAAUGACUCCACGAUCCGAUCAUCGUGGCCCAUCGAUGGGUUACGGUAAUGGGGGUUCUGUGGAUCAACGUGUCGAUGACGUCACGCCGUCCUACUACGUGGAACAUCUUGCCACGUUUGCAGUUGGAAGACAGUUUGGACUCACUUUUCCAGCCGAUGGCAUCAGAAAGUUGAAACAAAUGGAAAAGAAUUCAGCCAUUUGGGCGCAACCUCUAAUUCUUCGGUUUCGACACAACGCAGUGACGGUAGAAGACGACAACGGGGAGCUCGUCGAGCAAUUUCCGUUGGAAUUAAUCGAGCAGCCGACGGCUCACGUGAGCAAUGAUUCUCGUGAGACUUACAACAAUGUGCUCCUUUUUGUUGUCCGGGAGGACCGGAAGAGGAUGAGCACGCCCACCGAGAUGCACAUUUUCCAGUGUAUCCGUGUAUCCGCUACCGAUGUGGCCGAGGACCUCAAAAACUACGUACAAGGUCAAUUCCGUCGUGUGCGUAAUGGCCGACGUACCGCCGCGCCGACGCAUCUUCAAGCUCAACAACAACAAAUGCCAUUCUACCCACCGGACGACGCUUCAAUCAGCAGUGAAACAUCUGAAAUGUUCGAACGAGAUGUGAAUACACUGAAUCGUUGUUUCGAUGAUAUCGAACGAUUUGUGGCGAGAAUUCAAUCGGCCGCACUGGCUCAGCGAGAAAUUGAGCAACAGAAUCAUAGAUAUCGAACCGCGAAUCGUCGGGACAAGAAGAACCAGCAGCCACCAGAUCCGAAUGGCAUCCUAUUUAUGAGAGCUCAACUUCCAUUGGAGUCUGAAUUUGUCGAUAUUUUGAAGAAGUUCAAGCUCUCCUUUAAUCUACUGGCCAAACUCAAAAACCACAUCCACGAGCCAAAUGCUCCGGAACUUUUGCACUUUCUCUUCACGCCACUAGCUGUGAUCCUUGAAGCAUGCCACUGGGGGCUCGGAAGAAAUGUUGCUCCAACUGUUGCCUCGCCGCUGCUCUCGUUGGAAGCUCGUGAGCUCAUGCAAAACUGUUUGACAAGUCAUGAGAGUGACAUUUGGAUGAGCCUCGGAGAAGCCUGGAGAACUCCACCAGAGGACUGGACAAAACCACUUCCACCACCAUAUCGUCCAAUCUUCAAUGAUGGGUUUGCCCCUUACGGGGUCGCCGACAGAGCCAUGGCAACUCCAAAUCAAAUCCAUCGUGGACAUUCUGCUCCGCCAGAGCACUUCCGUCAGCCACCGCCCAGAGAGAGGAAUAUGGUGGAUACGCUCGAAUUCGAUCGAUUAACUCUGGAACGCGAGCGACUCGAAUUUGAAAAGGCAAAGAUUAUGGAAAGGGAGAGUCGUUUGAGGCAUGAGGAGAAGCAGAUUGAAGAUGAAAAGCGACGAAUGCACGCCGAGAAGGAUCUCAUCACAAAAGAGACAACACAACCAGUUCCACCACCAGCUGCAGUCGUUACACAUCAACCAAUCACCAAGCGAUAUGAUCCACCAAUUUCCAUCUCUCCACCACCACAACGUAACAACUAUUCACACGUGAAGGUUACUGUAGAUUCUGACACAUCGCCACGUCAGCAGGCAUUCAUUGAUGACAUCGUGGCAAAAGGUGGCAAGUUGGCAGUGGUCACCUAUGAUAGAGGAGGUCAGAAUACGAAGGAGCUGACUGUUCACAAGGGGGAGUAUUUGGAGGUUAUCUUCGACGAGCGCAACUGGUGGGAGUGCAAGAAUAUGCAUCAAAGAGUCGGAUACGUUCCACACACAAUUUUGUCAAUGGUGCCAUUUGAGCAACAACAAUAUGCGUCACCAAACCAUCACAACAAUUCCUCAUCAACCGGUGGCUACAACAACGGACAUCAUCAAGGCCCAGCGCAAAACGUCUAUCGUCCACCCCCACCACCACUAGUAUCCGAUGCAGGUGUCCAGGUCGAAAUCCGCCGGGAACAUGUUGCUCCGCCACCACCUCCAGUUGUAAUUCCACCACCACCACCGCCAGUGCGAACUCCAACUAUGGAAGAGUUGCUCCGCAUGCAACAACAACAACAGCAGAAGCAGAGAAAACCACCAGUUGAAGAACCAGUCUACCAACCGCAACCCGCUCAACGUGCCGGAUUGGAAAUCUGGAGACGGAAUCAGAAUCCUCAAUUGAUUCAAGAAGUGACUGAAACUGUGGGACAACACAGUGGAGACAUUUUAAGACCAGCAAUGCAAAGGGCCACUCGAGUGGCAAUCAACGAAAAGUCUUCUCCGGAAGACGUGACUCGUUGGUUACAGGAGAAGGGAUUCUCACCAAGAGUAAUUGACCUAUUGGAUGGUCAAGAUGGUGCCAAUCUAUUCUCCUUGUCAAAAUUGCAUCUGCAACAAGCUUGUGGAAGAGAUGAGGGUGGAUAUUUGUACAGUCAAUUGUUGGUUCAGAAGAAAAGAAGUGGAUUCCGAACUCACACUGGCGAUGAAUUGAAAGCAAUUCUCAAUCACAGACGAACCCACGUGGAAUUAUCAAAUGAAGCUGCAGCUGAUGAACCUGUAUUCACUAUUAACCCAAUUCUCUAGGUUUUUCAAAUUUCUGUCUAACUUUUCCAACGACAAAAAUCCAAAUUUCACAAAAAAAAUAUUGAUUUAAAUAUUAUUUUCGCUAAUUCUUUUGGCUAGCUCAACAAUAAGAAAUCCCCCGAUUUUCCAGAUGAAUACUCAUUCCAAACUUACUUUCAAUAUGUUCAAUUUACUGCCUCCGUUAAUCCAUUUUUGUUUCAGAUUUUGAAUUUUCAACAUUUUUAAUUGAAUUAUGUUUCAAAUAAAUGCUUCUGCGAAUA